UUUGGUGCUACUUAGCACAUACAAAUAUUAUCAGAUAAGGUUAUAACAAUUCACAGAAAAUUCAACAUAGUCUUUGGUAGAGAUGAAGGAGAAGAAAAACAAUAUAAUACAUGGACAUCCAUAAUAGAGCACAUUUGACUACAGGGUUUUUGGUUGUGUGUUAUAUUAAGCUUUGAACCACCAAGGGAAUAUAAUAAUCAUUCCGAAAUUAUCUUCAGUGCGAUUUGGAUCUUACUGUCUACAGUAUUUCAAGUAUCUGGUCAUUAUCAGACUGAUGCACUCUUCCUCUGUCCAAAUCUACACAAGCCUGUCAGUUGGAGGAUAGGCUUGUGACCUCACUUCUCUUCAAGUUAAAACAGAGAUGUUGUGUCAGGGAGAGAUACCUGAGACAGAUAGGGCUGGUUUCCCAGACACUGCCUAGUCCUGGAUAAAAAAGCAUACUCAUACUGUGUCCUGUAAACCAGCCCAUAGGGUCAGGAGAGAGGGUCAUCUGAGUCUAGUAGCAGAGCUACUGUACACUGUACUCAUUGUAAGGAAGAAUGGUGAAUGGUGAGAAAAACACAUUUGGUCAGAAAAUAGAAUAAAACAUUUGCGAUUUCUCAAGAAUCCCCCCACCAACACUACUAUUGUCUUAGGAGGUAUUUGAUCUCCUCUCCCUUUAUCUCCACAGCUGUUGCAGGAUUGCAAAAAGGAAGUGGCAUGAUUUUAUCUGUCCAGCUAAUCUACACACAGAUGAAACAAUUGUUUGGAUAGAAAUAUAGCAGAAUUCAUCAAUGUAUGUGAGUCAUUAUUUCAUUGAUACGGCUAGAACUCAAGCUACUGGUUUGUUUUUUAAUUGACAUAUUUACACCAGUUUAUUUGAAUGGAUAGCAUAGUAUAGGGAAUAACAGGGGUCCAAGUGCCGAACCUUGCUGAACACCAAAUCCAAUGUACACACUGAUACUGGUCUGAGAAGUAGGAAUUAAACCAGUUUAAAAUGUGAGAUGACAAUGUUAAGGUGUCUGGCAUUGAAACAUGCUAAAAAUGUUUAAUAUUAGAUUUGUAAUAUUCACAUAGAUUUGUAUAGUGUAUACAAGGUAUAUGAAUAUGGAUACCUGCACUUUAGCCACACAAAAAAAAAAAACAUUUAGUUUGGUUGGCAAAAUGGUCACAAUGAGAUGCAAAGAUACUAUCCACUGACAGAUGAUGCUAUGCUAGAAGACUGACAGCUAAGACAGGCCUUGAAAUGAUUGGCUGGUUUGGGAGGCGACGCAAUUGAGCCUUAAUAAAUGUGAGAUGUUAGAAUCUCCCCCUGACAAAUCACCAAUGACCAGGAACCGCCACCAGACACACUGAGAUGUGUACACCCACAAAGAUAUACAGAAGUCAAAAUAUCAGGUUCCCUUUUAAUUUUCAGUCAUUGAGUAGGGCUAAUUUAUUUUAUUUUCUUAGACAAAAUUUGAGUCCCAGAGAAUAGCUUGGCUUACAAGUGGAUAAAGUUGUGUAGGCAGAGGGAGACAUUUUGGGUUUCGUUUGGUGAGAGGAAAUUUGGUAAACGUUGUGCAAUGGUGCGGGAAAAGUUUUGAAAGAGUGUGAGAAACAAUUGAAGCUAAGUGCCUGAAGUAGGUCGGUUCAAGAAGAAGCCUUCAUGUUGCAUCCGUACAGAAUGGAGGGGUACCUCAUCUCACCUGGUCCUGCAUCAGAAGACAUGUACGAACCCGACAUCUAUAGACAACAAAUGUCAGAAUAUUCAUAUCCGUAUGUCAUCGAUGCAGAGAGUCAAGGAGAACACUGGGACUAUCACGCCACUCAUCAUGCUCAUCCUCUGGACUUUGACAACCUCCCAGAGGGCCACUUCACUGAGCUCCAGAGUGUCCAGCAGCUACAUCUACCCAGUAUGGCUCGUUACAGCGAUGUUGACACUCUCUCUCUGGACCCUGGCCUUGGGGGACACAACCAUGCCCUACCCCCACCGGUGCCAUAUUACCCUCGUGCCAUGGGCUACUUGCACCCCUCUCCUCAGACGAUGAGGAGCUCAGACGACGAGGAGCCAGGAGGCCGCAGCCCUCCACUAGAAGUGUCUGAUGAAGAGUGUCUGAGGGACCACAUUGCCCACGUAACAAGGGGAGAAUUGGGCAACAAGAAGAAGAUCCGUCUGUACCAGUUCCUGCUGGAUCUGCUGAGGAAUGGGGACAUGAAGGACAGUAUCUGGUGGGUGGACAGGGACAAGGGCACCUUCCAGUUCUCCUCGAAACACAAGGAGGCACUGGCACAUCGGUGGGGCGUACAGAAGGGCAAUCGCAAGAAAAUGACCUACCAGAAGAUGGCACGGGCUCUUCGCAACUAUGGCAAGACAGGCGAGGUCAAAAAGGUCAAGAAGAAGCUGACUUAUCAGUUCAGUGGUGAAGUGCUGGGGGGGAGGUCUCACUUGGAGAGGAGGCCAUAUUCCCAUUUGUAGAGGGAGAAACAUAGUGGAAGUCCUGAAGAAGGGUAGAGUGAGAGAGAGAGAGAGAGAUAGUUAACUGUAUAUAGUAUGCAAGAUGGUUAUCAAUGUAAUAACUAUUGAUUGUGCUCAAAUCAACAAUAACUGUUUUUGCUGCUCUUGUAAAAAGCAUUUAUGUGAACGUCAAAGCCAAUGUCUUAAUGGAAUCUGACAAUUAGCAAGUUUUGCUCCUACAACUCAAUGAUUGCACAAUCACAUCUGGACCUUUUACAUUCUAUAGCACGUAGAAACAGCACCGUUUCAAAUGAUACUGUCAAUCAUUAUCACCAGAAAGCUUACAAGAGUGGUAAUACAGAUGACCACUAGAAGUCCUCAGAGAUCUCCUUUCUUAAAGCUGUCUGUGUUCACUGACUUCUACGCACUGUUGGACUCACUGACCAUUGUGCACAUUUGACAUCGAUUAGACUUGGAUGCAAUGUAAACAAAGAAAAAGACUGUGAUAAAGAACUCUUUAGCAUUAAUGAAAUUGAUUUGACACUCUGAGAUGCACUGACUUUGGAUACGCAAUUCCUCUUGCUUAACCUUUGGUGUAGCAGCACACAAACACAACAUAUUAUACAUUAGCUUUUGCUAAUCAGAAUUGAGAAUUCAGCCAAGCCGUGGUAUAAAGCUUGUAUAUUUGAUUGAUGGUAUUACAUGUGUAUUUCAUACUAACUCAUGUUAGCUCAAGACUUUGGGAAGUAAACCCUUCUGAACAUUG